ACGGUGUAUUGUGCGGCGCUGUCUACGGAACGUGCUUGUAUUACAUGUCAAAGGCACAUUCGUUUUAACUUUUCUUUGUUUAUUAAUCUUGCAGCGAUGCCUACAGUUGACGAUUGGAUUAACAACCCACUGGGUGUUGUUGAUGGAGUGUUUGCCCAGAGUAACUCCAGUCCAGACUGGGAGAAGAAGGUGGUGGACUAUUUCAAAGACAAACUGAAACUAAACGAUACUCGCACCUGGGUUCCAUCGCUGAAUGAUGUUCCGCUGCAUUACCUGAAGCCUAAUAGCCUAGUGAAAUUUCGAUGCAUGGUCCAGGAUAUGUUUGAUCCAGAAUUUUUUAUGGGCGUGUAUGAGAUAAAUGAUCCUACGUCAAACACCAAACUGGUGAAAUGUGGAAAGUACAAAGAUGUUACAGAUUGUGGGGUGGACUUUAACUCAAGAAACACAGUGACAUCAGAGAGACAGACUUUUUAUUGUGUCCCAAUCCCAGGAGAAUCUCAGUGGAUCAGAAACAGUUAUGCAGGCACCAGUCAAGCACGUGUGGUGCCGUCCACUUCUUAUGCCCCUAACCGGCAUAAGCGCAGCUAUGAGGAAGACGAUGACAUGGACACGUACCCACAAAAGAUGAAAGAUCUCAAUCAAGGAGCACAAGGCUCUGCAAGUUCUUAUCGCAACACGGAGUCAAAGCGACAGGAGACAGAAGCGCCCAAUCAGAACUCUUCCCCUUCACACUGCACUUCCAGUCUGGAUCUGAACUUCCCUUUGCCUGGGGAAAAGGGCCCAGCCUGCCUUGUUAAGGUGUAUGAAGACUGGGAUAGUUUCAAACUGAAUGAUAUGUUAGAAGUGUUUGGCGUCCUCUCCGUGGACCCUGCAUUAAGUGUGAUUGCAGAUGAGAGGGAGGCAUCUUCACUGAUGGACCCCACAGAUAGCAUGGAGACUAUAGAGGAGCAGAGAGUCCACAGCCCACCAGCAUCACUUGUACCACGACUGCACAUGCUGUAUGCCCAACCUCUAGUUCACAACAACCCAUUACUGCCCUCUGGUGCCACAGAGGAGAAGGGAGAUUAUAUAAGCAGUUUUCUCAGGGAACUUCCCGCAGUCAGAGCAGAGCUGCUGACUUACCUCACCCAUCUCCUUCUGGGAGAUUCACUCGCUGCAGAGUACCUCAUUCUCCAUCUCAUCUCUAAUGUGUAUAGCAGACGCGAUGUACUUCCUCUAGGCAAAUUUUCCCUCAAUCUCAGUGGCUGUCCUCAUAGCUCUCCAUACACAGAGCAUCUCUACAAGGUCAUCCAGUAUCUAGUGCCAUCUUCAUUCCGACUGUCUAUGAGUCUGCAUAAUAUGAACAACCAGCGGUUGGUGCCCCAGAAAGACUACACAGCUAAUCGUCUGGUGAGUGGAACUCUUCAGCUGGCCAAUAAUACGUCGCUGUUUCUGGAUGAGACCCAGCUGGAACAGGGCCAACUGGACACCACAGGUGUGCGGAACAUUACUGCAUUGGGAAACCUAAUCUCUUGGCAGAAGGUUGAUUACGACUUCAACUACCAUCAGAUGGAAUUCCCCUGCAAUAUUAACGUGAUUAUCACAUCCGAGGGCCGAUCCCUUCUCCCGUCUGACUGUCAGGUCCACCUGCAGCCCACUCUGAAUCCACCGAUCCUUGAAGAGUAUCUGAGUGCCGUACAGGUAGCACAGGUUCCAUCUCUUCUCAACAAGUACCGAAUCUACCUGAGCGUGGCCCGCACCCUCAAUUACAGCAUCUCAGAUGAGAUCACAAAGGCAGUAGAAGACGACUUUGUAGAAAUGCGUAAAGAUGACCCUCAGAGUAUGUCUGCAGAAGACCUGCAUAUAUUGCUGGUUGUUGCGAGGUUGCUGUCAUUGAGUCAUGGGCAGAACACUCUUUCCAGAGAUGGCUGGAUGAAAGCCAAGCAGCUAGAGGCCUUGAGAAUGAGCAGAACACAAGAGCAGAAAUGUGUGAAUGGAAAUGAGCCUUAAGAUAUGUUGCUAUUUACA